AUGGCGACCAAAAGCCGCAUAGCUUCUUCCCUCCCUUCAGAAUAUCGGGGCGUUUCACCUUCUCCGCUAUAUGAAGCGACAGGUACCGAAGUAGUAAUAUACAAAAUUGCCCCCCCCUCUCUCUCUCUCUCUCUCUCUCUUUCUUUCCCAGGCGUGACUGACCCUCGCUUUUCUCAGCAACUACGUGAUAAUAAUGGCUGCUCACGAUCGAUAGAUCGGUCGAUAUGUUACUGUUGCAUCUGGAAACUGAUUUCUUUCCUCACACCGACCAACCUUGAUUUGCACAGUCUCACCCACUGUGUUUUCCCUCACCCUAACCCCACCCACCACCACCACUUCGUUUCUCGCGUGCCAGUCCUUCUUUCCAAACCUUCACCUUUUCAUCUCCCCCUCUAUCGCCCUUUCAUCUCCUUCUCGUCGCUCACUUGCCACUCUGUUUAUCCAGCUCUUCCAUCUCACUCUUGUCUCUCACUUACCGCUCCGUCUAUCCAAACCCUUUCAUCUCCCCCUUGUCUCUCACUUGCCGCUCCAUUUAUCCAGCACGUCCAUCUCCCUCUUGUCUCUCUCUCGCCGCUCCGUCUAUCCGAGCCCUUCAAUCUUCCCCUUGUCUCUCACUUGCUGCUCCAUUUAUUCAAAUCGUCCAUCUCCCUUUUGUCUCUCCCUCACCGCUCCGUCUAUCCAAGCCCUUCCAUCUCCACCCUUCUCUCACUUACCAUUCCCCGUCUUCAAUUCAUUCUGUCUCCCUCUUGUCUCUCACUUACCGCUCUAUUUAUCCAGCUCGUAGAUCUCUCUUUUUUUCUCUCACUUACCGCUCCGUCUAUCCAAGCCAUUCCAUCUCCUCCUUGGCUCUCAAUUGCCACUCCGUCUAUCCAAGCCGUUACAUCUCCCUCUUGUCUCUCACUUGCCACUCCGUCUAUCCAAGCCGUUACAUCUCCCUCUUGUCUCUCAAUUGCCACUCCGUCUAUCCAAGCCGUUACAUCUCCCUCUUGUCUCUCACUUGCCACUCCGUUUAUCCAAGCCAUUCCAUGCCCACCUUGUCUCUCUCUCACCGCUCCGUCUAUCCAAGCCCUCCCAUCACCCACUUGUCUCUCACUUGUCACUCCCUUUAUCCAUCUCUUCCCUCCCCCUUGGAUCUCACAUGCCACCCUCUUUCCCACCCCUCCACUCUCCACCUUGGCCGCUCUUUCUAUAGCUCUUAACAAAUACCUUACAUCAUUUUCCUGCUAUAGUAGUCAAGACAAGUGCCUCUCUUCAUAUCUGCGAAGUCAGAGGAUUCCUUCUCCUCCCACUUCUACCCUCUUCUAUAUUACCUCCCACCUUUUCACACUACCUUCUUCAUUACCUCCUGCCAAUCUCUUUCUCUCUCCUUUCAUUUUCCCCCCCUAUAUAUCAUUCAUUGAAGUUUACUCUCCCAAACACGCCCUCAUUAUAUUUUCUUUUCCUUCUCCUCCUCGUCGUCUUGCAAAAACCUAUUUUCUCCGCGCUUCUCUCUCUUAUUUCGCUCUUCCUGCACUUUCCUUCCUCUAUCUUUUCUUCUUCAUUCCCUGA